UGACAAUGGGUGUGAUUCUUCCAGGAAGUGAAAGCCCUGCAGACAGAACCAGUAAAGGAAAGACAAGAUUCUAUGUGAGACCUAGCUUCGGGCUCACGCUAUUCGGGCCGUUUGUGCCUGCGUCAGACUGCCUACCGGGGCUCUACGGCCUCACAGCAUUCCAGCUUGUAUCGGCAUUAGGAAUGUUUUACGCGGGCCGCCGAAUCCGGUUCCGCCAGGGUUUCCGGUUCAAGCUGCUCAAAUACGCCACCUACGCCACCGGGACGUACCUUGUGUUCCAGUCGGGGCUCGAGAUUGCGCGCUUGAGCUUGCCGCACGAUCCGUACUUUGACGAUGCCAGGAGAGCCCGGUUGGAGGCUGAGGCCAGAGGCGAACGUCCGUCCUGGUGGUUUGGUCCACUUAACUGGAAACCCAUUCCAUACAAGCAGUACUCCGCGGAAAUGGACCGCUGGAUCACAAACGCCGAGACAAGUAAUGGAAUCGGCGAGCACUUAGAGGCAGUGCAGGCCAGUCGCAACCACACGUUUACAAAAAUGUACGCAGGAAUCAGAGAGUUGAAUAAGAAAAAGGCAGCGGAGUUGUUGGCCACGGAUGAGUACCGCAACGUGACCGAAGAGACCAAAUCUACUCGUGUCAAGAACUUGAACCUCAAUAACACCUAUGUCCGAGCGAAUAUCGAGCUUGGCAAGGUGGAAAUAAACAACGAGGCGGAUUUUUUACUCGUGUGGGGCCAGUUGGAGCCCUGGGAGAACUUUGCGCUUGAAACCGACAUAUCGCUUCGCUUCAUCCCGCAGAGAACGAUACACCGUCCGGAGGAUAUCGUGUUUCUAGAUCCGGCGCCACCAGUGGAUGAGGAGUCUGAGUUUGUUGAUUCUCAGUACCCGGAGGAUUCUGAGUAGUUUCAACAGUUGGGAGAAAAAAAGUGCAUGACAUGCUCUGAGCAUAUAUUUAUUAUCAGUUUUAGCACCAGUAUUGAACUGGGACCCUUAUAGAAUGUGUGACCGUAGUUGUAAGGAAAUCGAUCCACGACGCACAAGUACGAAUGUGUGUCAUACCCGAAUAUAAAUUGGUAAAUACAAUUAACUAUGAAAUUACUUAAGGUGAUGCUAUAGCCAGCGUUACAGUCGAGGUAUACCCGCAG